UCCUUUGAUUAGCUCUAUGGCAUCAUAAAUGUUGUUGAAAUUUAAAAAAUAUUGGGAUGAUAUGCAUAUUUUGAUGGGGGUAGCUACUAUCUUUGAUCCGAGAUUUAAGAUGAAGUUGGUUGAGUUCUAUCUUGCACAAAUUUAUGGUGAAGAAACUUUACAUAAAAUUCAAGAAGUUCGAAACCAUUGUUUUAAUCUCUUUCAAGAGUAUACGAGCAGAGUGGUUGCUUCACAUGAGUCAUUUCAAGCAUCUAGUUCUAAUGAAGUUGCUGGUGUUGUUGAGGGUGAUCGACUGUCUAGUUUCGAUAGAUUUGUCGCUUCGAGUAGCGCGAAUGUGGACCCAAGAUCGGAGUUGGAGUCAUAUUUAGAAGAAGGUGUGCUAUCUCGUACGCCAUCAUUUGACAGUUUAAGCUGGUGGAAGACAAACAUAUUAAAAUUUCCUACUUUGCAAAAGAUAGCUCGUGACCUCUUAGCCAUUCCUAUCUCUACCGUUGCUUCAGAAUCGGCCUUUAGCACUAGUGGGAGAUUGAUUAGCCCGCAUCGUAGUAGACUUCAUCCUACUACUUUGGAGGCAUUGAUGUAUGCUCGCACUUGGUUAUGGAACGAGAUAAAUGGUUCGUGUUCAAGCAUUGAUAGAGUUUCAUGUCCGACGAUACUUGAUGAAGAAGAAGAUCCAGAUGUUUCAGUUGCUUGAUAACUGAAGGAAGUUGGAGAUGCAUUAUUUCUGAUGAAGAAGAAGAUCCCAAUAUUUCAAUUUUUGCUUUGUUGUAACAGACUAAUCAGAGUUCUCAUUUAGUAUUAUUUCUGCUACGACUGGUUUGUGUAUCUACUUUAUUAAGAUUUUCGUUUUCCAUUUGCUAAGUUGGUGUCUGCAUUUGUGUUUCUUUUAACUUGGUCACAAAAAUAGUUUGUUGAUCUAGUUAUCUACUUUUUCAUUAAACUUAAAAAAUAGUGUGAUUUUAUCUUAGAA